GCGGUGUUGCCCACUUUGACUCGAUUUUCGACCCUCAUUUCUAGCCGAAGAAGAAGAACACGUGUUUCCGGUGUUUCUCCGGUGAGACGCAGAAGAAGUCAGUCCUGUAAAUAAAUCGUGUUUAUCCCGCAGAGGAAGUGAAAAUGGUUCGUAAGUUAAAGUAUCAUGAACAGAAGCUGCUGAAGAAAGUUGACUUCAUCAACUGGGAGGUGGACAACAACCUGCACGAGGUCAAAGUGCUGCGGAAGUACCACAUCGAAAAGAGGGAGGACUNUCUAAGGUACAACAAGCUGAGUCGUAACGUAAGAGAUCUGGCGCAGAAGAUCAGAGACCUGGACGAGAAGGAUGGCUUCAGAGCUCAGAGCACUCAUCGACUGCUGGAGAAAAUUUACAGCAUCGGCCUCAUCCCCACCAAACAGAACCUCUCCCUCACAGAGAAGGUCACAGCUUCCUCAUUCUGCAGGAGGAGGCUGCCCAGCAUCAUGUUGAACCUUCGUAUGGCUCAGAAUCUGAAGAACGCCGUCACCUUCAUUGAACAAGGACAUGUGCGUGUUGGCCCAGACGUCGUCACAGACCCUGCAUUUCUAGUCACAAGAAAUAUGGAAGAUUUCGUCACUUGGGUGGACUCAUCCAAGAUCAAGCAGCACAUCAUGAAUUAUAACGAUGAGAGAGAUGACUUUGACCUGGUGGCAUAAGUCAGUUAGCUAAUUUGUUGCUCUGGAGGAGAAGACCGGGACAAAAACUCUGCUCUGUGACAUGAAUACAUCUACAACAGGAUGAAUCUCCUAUCAGCUGGGAUUGUGGAGAUAAAAUAAGUUAUGUCCUCAGAAGUCCUGACUCAUUUGAUCAAAGACUGAAGGAGUUCACUUCCAGACUCUACGUUUUUCAACACAUAUUCUUUCGACACUGUCACAGCUGAAAUCUAAAAUGAUCAUCCAUCCACUCAUCAAAAAUGUCUCUGAUUCUGGAAGUGACAUGAAUCAUCAGAGUCUGCACUGGUGUUUGUUGAUGUCACCAUAUGAGUCUUUACUCUAAACCUGCUCAGCCACCAGAGUCUCAGUUAUUUCCAUUUUACAGCAUAGCCACUAGCUAUGUAUAUACAGGGAAGCUUCUAGAGUUGUGUAUCCGUGGUUGUUCCCUCUCCUGCAACUCCAUGUUGCUUGCUCUGCAUAAUGUGUUCUUUGUUCACAACCUGCCUGAGUUUGUGAGAAGGACUGUUGCCGGCCAUGAUGUUAACAACCUGUGUCAUGCAUACAGAUGUUAAGUAGAAACUGGUUCUUUGAUAAAUAUUUAAUCUUUGUUACAAUGUACACUUUAUGAACAAUAAACUUUCUUAUAUCAAAA